GGCCAUCCCAGCCCCCGAGCCCAGCUAUAUGCUCCAGCGAGCCGCUCGCUUCCCACGCUCUCUCGCCCCCGUUGUUGUUCCUUCCAAGUCGUCGUCUAGCUCUCGCGCUGUUUGAUUCGAUUCUUAUCACCAGCCGCUGCACAGGUUCCUUCGAUCGAUCGUGGCGCCCGGCAUGCCAUCGGCGGCGCUGGCUGCCGUUCCGGUACCGGACACGCUGUCCCCGCCGCCGCAGCACCACCACCAGUACCACCGCGGCCGGCUGCGCUCCCCGCUGGCGGCCAACGGCGGCGGAGGGGGGAACUUCGAGCUGCGGCACUGGCGGACGCCGCUGAAGCGCGCUCCGUCCUGCCCGCCGCCGGCGAUCGAGAUCCCCACCGGCGGCGAGGGCGAGGGGGGCGGGCACGGGUACACGAGCCUGCGGGACAUCCUGUCGUCGUCUCCGGCGAAGGCGGGGUCCCCUGCCGCGGCCUGCGGCGUCCUGGGCGGCGCCGGCAGCAGCUGCGGUGACAUCCACAUGAUCCGGCACCCGCUGGUGAAGCACGCGGCGUACGCCUACCUGCAGAUGACGCCGUCCGCCAGGGAGGACCCGGCCGCCGCCCGCCGGAGCCGGCGGUGGCGCGGCCCGCUCUGCCGCCUCCUGCUCGGCUGCCUCAGCUUCUUCGGAGCGCUCUUCCGCCCGUGAACUCCUCUCCGGCCGGCGAACAUGCGGGUUCUAGCUUUGGUUGCACACCUCAAUUCUCUUCUUUCUCUUUUCUGUGAUUGAUUAGAAUUUUUGUUUUCUAGAAUUUUCCGGCUUAUCUUUGCGGUUGUAAUUUGUUGUAAAUAAUUUGGUAGGAUUAGACACAAAGAGGGAUGAUGAUAACAACAAGGGGAAUGAUUAAUGUCAUACUACUAACAAAGCUGAUUACUCGUCAUGAA